ACUCGUAGAGUGGCCUAUCUACUUCGAUAAACUACCUUGAGACUGUUAUAGAAGACCACUAAGGUAUUAUUGUGGCCUAUCCCCCGUCCGCUUUCUUCCAUCCAUAUCGUCAGCGGUGGAAAUGGAUGCAUCCCGAGAUACUGCGGUCGAGGCAUCGGCCUAUUCGACAGAUCAAAUCAUUGCCUGGCUCAAACAUAUCCGCCUCCCGAAUUCAUAUACAGCGUAUAUUGACGACCCGGGGAGCUUCCCGAAGACUUAUGAAUCGCUCCAGACAGUGAUGAGAUGUCAGAUUUCUCGAUUUCCAUAUGAGAAUCUCUCCGUGCAUUAUUCACCGACCCAUAUCGUUGAUAUUCGCCCCGAGGUCCUCUAUGAGAAACUGAUGGGUCACAAUGGGGCCAAAGGACGAGGCGGCUACUGUAUGGAACUCAGCAUUUUUUUCCAUCACAUGCUCCGUGGCCUGGGAUUCCACGUAUACAUGACCGCCGUCCGAAUCCGCCCCCGGACUGACGGGGUGCCUGGGGGAGAAUAUGGAGGAUUUACCCAUAUCAACAACAUUGUGCAUCUGCCUUCCGGAAAGAGAUUCUCCGUUGAUGUUGGGUUUGGUGGAGAUGGCCCUAUCAGCCCACUUCCCUUGGACGAACCAGGGCGAGCCAUUCCAAAUAUCGGCCGGCAGGAAGUUCGACUCAUCCAAGACUACAUCCCCAGACAGAGAUUCCCGGAACCGAAGCUCUGGAUUUACCAGUACCGUAACGGGCCUGAGCAGGAAUGGAACUCGUUCUAUAGCUUUGCCGAAAUGGAAUUUUUUCAGGAUGAUUUUGAGGUGAUGAAUUGGUUUACCAGUGCAAAGAGCUUACACCGCUGGACCGUGCUAGUGGUGCGAUUUCUACGGAUGGCCGAAGACGUACUUUUUUCAGCUCGUUCUGACUUACCGCUAGACCAGGACAUCACUAUUACUGGUAAAGUCAUGUUGGUGGACAAUGCCAUCAAAGUCAACCUGGGCGGCAAGACGCGCGUCGUGCACACGCUGAGCUCAGAAAAGGAUCGACGCCAGGCACUCAAAGAUUACUUUGGCAUUUCUUUAACAGAUGAAGAAGCGCGGGGUAUCAUAGGGUGGGAUCAGGCACUCAGUUGAUCCGAUAGUUAUCUACCAUGAACAAUUUCUUAUGUAAGAAUUCAGGGGCAAAGUGUUGUUAGAGUGAAUACUAGAC